UUCCGAUUUCCAUCUUCCCGCGAUCACACGUCUCGGGCGUCGAGAACGAAACGUAAAAAAAAAACAACAAAAAAAAAAUGUACCAGUGACAGUGCGCUAAAGAACAGACCGGAUGGCGGGAAAGAAUUUCAAAAUUCGAAGAAGACGCGCCAAUAUGGCUUCCUACGUUUUGAGUUUGGUUUUUUUCGUGUGCUUCUAUAACGUGUCCGCUGAUGAUAAUGACGUUUUGACUCUAAACGACUUCGAUAGUGAUGUGGUCGAAGACAGAAGGAGACCGGUUAACGAACAGGAAAAGGAUAUUUUGUUGUUAGACGCUUUGGCGAGAAGGAAGGGCAGCUAUCACGGUCAUUACGGGAACUCUCAGGAGGACGAUUCCAUUAUGGAUCUCUUAGGAAAGAUGAUCCCGCAAACCUGCAAGCAUCGCGGCGCGAGAUACCCGUGCGGGCUGAGCAUAUCCUGCGUGCUCGGAGGCGGGAAGCCGCUGGACCUGUGCUCCGGCGGGAUGAUCUGGGCGUGCUGCGUCGAUCGAGACACAACCGAACGACCCACGGAAACAGCACCGGUCGUGCACAACGCCAGUGACCUCAUAGAACUAAUCGGUUCAUUCCCACACGAGAACUACGAUUACCACACAAACACGAACCAAUUCGACGAACAACCGGUUGUAGUUUAUCCGGAACAAGACCGCCCGAAGCCGACGAGGCCGAAACCGGUCACGAAACCGGACUGGCACACACACUAUUUUCACGUUAAGCCGUCUUACAACGAGGUCACCACUUCGAAGCCCUUCUACACACCAACACACAACGGUGAUGAUGAUUAUGUGCAAGUUUACACGAACGGCAACCAGCCGGGUUCGAGUCAACCGGGUUGCGGAGAGCAUUUCACCCGUUCGAACCGUAUCGUUGGGGGUCAUUCCACCGGCUUCGGCUCCCAUCCGUGGCAGGCUGCCCUGAUCAAGUCAGGUUUUCUGAGCAAGAAGCUGGCCUGCGGUGGAGCCUUGAUAUCUGAUCGAUGGGUGGUGACGGCCGCCCACUGCGUUGCUACAACUCCAAACUCUCAGCUAAGAGUUCGUCUCGGCGAGUGGGACGUUCGUGAUGCCGGCGAGAGGUACUCCCACGAGGAGUUCUCGGUGCAGAGGAAGGAGGUGCACCCGUCUUACGAGCCAGCAGACUUCAGGAACGACGUCGCCUUAGUGCAGCUAGACCGAGGAGUUGUCUUCAAACAGCAUAUUCUGCCGGUGUGCCUGCCACAAAAGCAGAUGAAGCUCGCCGGUAAGAUGGCGACAGUGGCGGGCUGGGGCAGGACCAGACACGGCCAGAGCACCGUGCCUUCUGUUCUACAGGAGGUGGAUGUGGAGGUGAUACCCAACGAGCGUUGCCAGCGCUGGUUCCGCGCGGCCGGCCGCCGGGAGACCAUCCACGACGUGUUCCUGUGCGCCGGGUACAAGGAGGGAGGCCGAGACUCCUGUCAGGGCGACAGCGGGGGGCCGCUGACUAUGAAGUACGAGGGGCGAAGCACCCUCAUCGGCCUCGUGUCCUGGGGCAUCGGCUGCGGCCGGGAGCACCUGCCCGGAGUCUACACUAACAUACAGAAAUUCGUUCCCUGGAUCGAUAAACUCAUCAAUACGUAGCUCAAUCUAACGUUAACUGGUUAGUGGGGCCAAUGGACAUCAUUACACAGACUCCAUCAGCGGCUGUCCUACCCUUCGACCGAGGUUCUUCACAUCAGAUAGUGAGAUAUGUGGGUCCCCAUGCGGUCCACUGGCAGCUCCUUAUUUGAUCUCAAGAUUCAAACCAGCCACUAACUACAACUUAUACAGACUGUAGUCAAGAAAACCAUUUAAUUUUUCUUAAUGAAAUAGUUAA